AUGCAAAUUGAGGACAUUUUUGAGUUUGAUUUGAAGAAGUUCCACGAGAUCGAGGACGAGAUCGAGAACACCUGCUACUUCCUGAUCAACGACGUGUCAUUUGCGGUUGACCACAAGCAGUACGCGAGAGAGGUCUUCAAGGAGGAGGACGUGAACGAGACAGUCCAGGAGUAUUUUGGGAAGCUGUUCAAGAAGAUCAGGGAGAAGCGAACUGAUGGAACUGCGUAUAAGGAGGCCCUUGAGAACGACGGCGAGGCUGAGCUGAACGAGAGCUACCCGUCCGACCUGGAGACCGACACGAGAAUCCAGGCCAACUGCAAGAGGGCCUACCUGAACAUGCUCCAGCUGAACAAGACGUUCUCGAUGUACUACAACCUGUUCACGUACCACUUCUCGCUCUACGAGAUGUACGGGUAUCCGAUGUUCCGGAUCAUUCUGAAGGUGCUGCUCCACUUCGACCAGAAGGAGGUCUUCUACUUCCUGAAGGAGGUCUGCUCAGGCGGGAAGAUGCUGAACUUCUACGUGCACCUGCACCACCUGAUGAGCACUGAAAUAGACGAAAUGGUGGUGAUUGAACUCAGCAGGUACAGCAGGGUGAGAAGCAGUCAUUUAUAA